AUGGACGACGAUUUCGGCGCCGACGAGGACUUUCUGGCCGCCCUCGCUUCCUCAGCUUCGGGACCUUCACGAUCACACCCAGGUCCUCCGUCUCAACCUGCUCCUACUCGCUCUCGCGUACAGCAGCAUAUUCCCCAGAAGAUCCAGCAGCCGACACCGCAACUUCUAGACAGGGCGCCGCCGACCAAUCCGUCCAACAAUAACAACAAUGGCAAGGUUGUUCAACCAACGCCGCAAGCCUUGCCCCAGCGAGGGUCGGGCUCUGCCAUUAUGGUAUCCCCUCGCCAGAGAGGAAACCCAGUGCUCGCCUCCCUGAAGUCCAUGCCAUGGGAAUAUAGUGACAUUGCAGCUGACUACGCUUUGGGUUUGACAACAUGCGCUUUGUUCUUGAGGUUAGUCCAAUACGCAUUCCACGUCGUGCUUGCUGCCAUCUUUCUGAUCACAAACAGCCUGAAAUAUCAUCGCCUCCACCCCGAGUACAUUUACACCAGAAUAAGGAAUCUCCAAGGAAAAUACAACCUGCGUAUCUUGCUGACAAUGGUCGACAUACCCAAUCAUGAAGAAGUUUUGCGCGAGCUCUCCAAAACGUCACUCGUGAACAACGUCACCAUCAUCCUAUGUUGGUCAGCAGCAGAAGCUGCACGCUAUCUUGAACUUUACAAGUCCUACGAACACGCCAAUUUCAACGCCAUUCGCGGCCAGCAAGCCUCAAGCUAUGCCGAAAAGCUAGUCGAAUUCGUCACCGUCCCACGAAGUGUAAACAAGUCCGACGCCGUUGCACUAGUCAGCAACUUUGGCAGCCUGAAAAAUGCCAUCAAUGCCGAUCCGGAGCAGGUCGGCAUCAUUGCUGGAUGGGGAGCUAUCAAAGUAAACAAAUGGAUCAAGGCAGUAGAGGAACCUUUCCGAGCCCAGAAAGCCGCCAAACGCCAGCUGGGAAGGGUCGAAAGCACCGAAAACGGGAGGCCAGCUCAAGUGUCAAGACUCGACCAAGCCGUUCCUCUCGCCAGAGUCCCGCUGCGGGAAAUGGAGUCAACAAGAGACUCCUCCCUCGGCUCACCAGCGACAGAUAAAUCGACAAGCGCCCAGGAGAAACGGCCUGCACAGCGCCAAAGGAACAUUCCGGGCCCGGAUGAAGAUGAUGAAGAGGCAAUGAUUGCAGCUGCCAUUGAGGAGUCCAAGCAGACAGCGCAGACGCACACAGAAGCACAGACCCGGGCGAAACAUUCUAGCAGUCAUACCUCGGCCAGUCCACAAGGCUCAGUGCAACCUGCUGCGACUCCCAAGUAUACGAACCAGCCAGACAGAGCCAACGCUGUGAAAGAAGCUUUCCAACGUUCGUGGGAUGGCUAUCGCAAGUUUGCGUUCCCGAAUGACACUCUGAAGCCGGUCUCCAACACAUUUGAAAAUGACCGAAACGGAUGGGGUGCCAGUGCGGUUGAUGCUUUGAGUACGGCCAUCAUCAUGGAGAACAAAGAUAUCGUUGGGCAAAUUCUGGAUUUCGUGCCGACAAUCAACUUUGAUGUGACAUCCACCGAAGUAUCGGUUUUCGAAACAACCAUCCGAUAUCUGGGUGGUCUGCUGUCAGGUAAAUCCGAGCUCUACAAUCACCACUCGAGUGGUCCUCAGCUAACUGAAAGUCCAGGGCACGACAUGCUGAAGGGCGUUCUGAAGGACGUUGCUUCCAACUCAGCAGGUGUGGAUGCGCUGCUCACCCAGGCGAAGAAACUUGCGGACAACCUCAAGGUGGCAUUUGAUACCCCCUCUGGGGUUCCGGACAACAUCCUUGUCUACGAUCCGAAGCCUCGCAAGAACGGUUCUAGCACCAACGGCAUUGCGACCAUCGGUACACUCGUCCUAGAGUGGACUCGGCUCAGCGAUCUCACAGGUGACACACAAUACGCCAACUUGUCUCAGCGCGGCGAGGACUAUCUGCUGAAGCCCAAUGAAGAGGUGUUUCCUGGCCUGCUAGGCACGGAUGUCUUCAUCUCCAAUGGAACAUUCGCUGACCGUAGUGGAGGGUGGAAUGGUGGUACCGACAGCUUCUACGAGUAUCUCAUCAAGAUGUGGGUGUAUGACCAAAAGCGCUUCUCGCUCUACAAGGACCGCUGGAUUGCCGCCGCCGACUCUUCAAUCAAGUUUUUAGCUUCAAACCCGUCAACGCGUCCUGACUUGACGUUCUUGGCUGCCUACACCAACGCCCAGCUGAGAUUUGUUUCGACACACUUGGCUUGCUUUGAUGGAGGAAACUUCAUUUUGGGAGGUCUCGUUCUCAAAGAACAGAAGUACGUCGAUUUCGGUAUCAAGCUAACGGAGGCUUGCCGUGAGACGUACAAGCAGACGGCCACCCGCAUCGGACCUGAAGUCUUCCGUUGGUUUGAGGACAAGCCCGGCAUCAAUACCACCUUGAACCCGCAACCACCCGCCAACGACACGGAUUUUUACAACCGAGCCGGAUUUUGGAUCAGAAGUGAUGGUGGUUCGUAUGUGCUUCGACCAGAAGUCAUUGAGAGCUACUACUACGCCUACCGUGCUACUGGAGAUUCCAAAUAUCAGGAUUGGGCCUGGGACGCUUUCCUUGCCAUCAACAAGACUUGCAGCGCCGGAAGUGGUUUCUCAUCCAUCACGAAUGUGAACGAUCCCAGGGGAGGGUCCUUCGAUGACUUCCAGGAGAGCUUCUGGUUCGCAGAGGUAAUGAAGUACAGCUACUUGAUCCAAGCCACGGAUGCGAAAGUGCAGGUAGAUGUGGCGGACAACAAGUUCGUGUUCAACACGGAGGCCCACCCAUUCUCUGUGGCUUAG